AAUGUGAGACUCUCUCACUGGCAAAAAAGUCUGAAGAAACCUUUGUUUUCAUCGAUGAUAUAAGAAAACUCUAAAAUAGAAAACCUCGCUGGUCAAAUCGAAUCGAUCCACAUCGCAGGGGGAGAGAGACGAGAGACGACGCCAUAAGCAGAUUCUUCGCUCUGUUUUUUUUUUUUUUGUUUCUCUGAUAGAAACAAUGGGGAGCUUAGGGACGAUGCUGAGAUAUCCGGAUGAUAUAUAUCCGCUACUGAAGAUGAAACGAGCGAUUGAGAAAGCGGAGAAGCAGAUCCCGCCUGAGCCACACUGGGGAUUCUGCUAUUCAAUGCUCCACAAGGUUUCUCGAAGCUUCUCUCUCGUUAUCCAGCAGCUCAACACCGACCUUCGUAACGCUGUGUGUGUGUUCUACUUGGUUCUCCGAGCUCUUGAUACUGUUGAGGAUGAUACAAGCAUACCAACUGAUGAAAAGGUUCCCAUCCUGAUAGCUUUCCACCGGCACAUUUACAAUACUGACUGGCACUAUUCAUGUGGUACGAAGGAGUACAAGGUUCUAAUGGACCAAUUUCAUCACGUUGCUGCAGCUUUUUUGGAACUUGAAAAAGGGUAUCAAGAGGCUAUCGAGGAAAUUACUAAAAGAAUGGGUGCAGGAAUGGCCAAGUUUAUCUGCCAAGAGGUAGAAACUGUUGAUGACUAUGAUGAAUACUGCCACUAUGUUGCUGGGCUUGUGGGUUUAGGUCUGUCGAAACUCUUCCUCGCUGGGGGAUCAGAGGUUUUGACACCAGAUUGGGAGGCGAUUUCUAAUUCAAUGGGUUUAUUUCUACAGAAAACAAACAUUAUCAGAGAUUAUCUUGAGGACAUUAAUGAGAUACCAAAAUCCCGCAUGUUUUGGCCUCGCGAAGUUUGGGGCAAAUAUGCUGACAAGCUUGAGGAUUUAAAAUACGAGGAAAACUCAACCAAAUCCGUGCAGUGCUUGAAUGAACUGGUUACCAAUGCGUUGAUGCAUAUUGAAGAUUGCCUGAAAUACAUGGCUGCGUUGCGUGAUCCUUCAAUAUUUCGGUUCUGUGCCAUCCCUCAGAUCAUGGCGAUUGGAACACUUGCAUUAUGCUAUAACAAUGUACAAGUAUUUAGAGGCGUUGUGAAACUGAGGCGAGGUCUAACUGCUAAAGUCAUUGAUCGCACAAAGACAAUGGCUGAUGUCUAUGGUGCAUUCUAUGAUUUUUCUUGCAUGCUGAAAACAAAGGUUGACAAGAACGAUCCAAAUGCCAGUAUGACACUAAACAGACUUGAAGCCGUUCAGAAACUCUGCAUAGACACUGGAGUCCUUAAUAACAGAAAAUCAUAUGUUGAUGACAAAGGACAACCAUACAAUGUCUUUAUUAUAAUGGUUGUCAUUCUACUGGCAAUAGUCUUUGCAUAUCUGAGAGCAAACUGAGUGAUUGGGAGUAAUCAAUGUAAGCGAGUCAGACUGUAUCACCAUCAUUCAAGAUGUUUAGAUCAUGAUUGAACAGUGGUUUUCUAGGUUCAUUCUUAUUCACGCCACUGAAUCCUAAGCAAGAUUGUUUCCAGAACAAGAGAAUAUAAACUUGGGUUGGUAUAGAACCAUGGAUUCUAUUUUAGUUACUAUUUUCUUUGUCUAAAACAUGCAUUUGUUCAUCUACUUUUUUUAUCCCUUUGUGUUUUAUACAAAAGUAUUGUUUGAAGUUC